GUUUAUGAGUAUUUACGAGUUCUCGAGAGCAUUGACAACAAUACGGUGGAUUAGCAAUAGAACACCGAAGGUUAUAGUGUAAUUCUAUACACUUUGCCGUUGAAAUUUUAUUAAACGAAUCUUCUAUUACAUUGUGCAGUUCUCGACUAAAUGUUCGUUUGAAAUUGUCGAAAACAGAGUCAUAACCUAUUUCGAGAAAUCCAUUCGACGAAGAUGAAUGAAAAGGAAUUGAUUGAUGAAAUUACGAGCUUGCGUGAAUUGUUACGCGCGAAAGAAGCCCAACUGGCCAUCCUAAGGCGCGAAAAACAAAUCGUGCAAGACUGUGGCUUGAGCAACAACGAGAUAUCGAGAUAUAGCAGACAAAUCUUUUUAUCGGAAGUUGGCGUGAAAGGUCAAUUAAAAAUAAAAAACAGUGCAGUACUUAUUGUAGGAGCAGGUGGACUUGGAUGUCCUGCUGCAUUAUAUCUGGCAUCUGCUGGUAUUGGACAUAUCGGUAUAGUUGACUAUGAUGAUGUAGAGAUUAAUAAUCUUCAUAGACAGUUACUAUUUAGAGAAACUGACAUUGGAACACCUAAAGUAAACGCUGCUGCAAAAAAUCUUAAUUGCUUAAAUAGUAAUAUUAAAAUUACUCCAUAUAAAAUCCAAUUGGACAGUAGUAAUGCCUUAGAAAUAAUAAAAUGUUACGAUGUAGUGUUAGAUGCAACUGAUAAUGCAGCUACACGUUAUCUGUUGAAUGAUGCAUGUGUUCUAAGUAAGAAACCGUUAGUGUCGGGCUCAGCGUUAAGAUUCGAGGGACACUUAUCAGUAUUUAAUUACUAUGGACCUUGCUACAGAUGUAUAUUCCCUAAACCUCCUCCUCCAGAAACUGUAACGAAUUGCGGAGAUGGCGGUGUCUUUGGUCCAGUUGUUGGUACCAUCGGCGUUCUACAAGCAGUAGAAGCUCUAAAGGUUCUGCUUAAAAUGCCUCACAUAUUAUCUGGUCAACUUCUGUUAUACGAUGGAUUAGAAACGAAAUUUCGGAAUAUCAAUUUGCGUGCCAAAAAUGUAGAUUGUCCCGUGUGCGGCGAGCAUCCGACUAUACAAAAGUUAAUCGAUUACGAACAAUUUUGUGGCGCGAAAGCAAAUGAUAAAGAUCCGCAGUUGGCGAUAUUAAAGGAAGAAGAAAGAAUGAGCGUGGAAGAAUACAAAGAAACAUUGAAAUUAGGUACAAAACCGCACGUGUUGAUCGAUGUGCGUUCAUCCGAAGAAUUUCAAAUCUGUCGUUUAGAAAAUUCUGUAAAUAUACCGUUGAACGAAAUAAAUAAUAACGAAAGGAUAAUGCUGAUAAAAAACAAAAUGCAAGAAAUGAAAAAAGAACACGACGAAGUUGGUUUAUAUGUGAUGUGCAGAAGGGGGAAUGAUUCGCAAAAGGCUGUAAAACAUUUUCAAACGAUGUUGAGCGAAAGUAACUUAGAAAUAAAAGACAUAAUCGGCGGAAUUCAUGCUUGGAGUAAGAAAAUCGAUCAUACGUUUCCUGUGUACUAAUUGUGUAAAAUUUUAAAUAUAGUUAUGUUCAUUUGUUAUA